UAGUAUUGAUUCGGAUUUGGUACGACAAAUGUGUGAAGCGGAAUUCCGUAAAGCAGUAAAGUAAAAAAAAAUCUAUUAACUGUGUGAGCAAUGAAGCACACCUAAAAUUACAGAAUAAUGCGCAUUAUAUUAGCGUGUUUUAAUUAUAUUUUUUAGAAACUAUUCAAAAUAUAUAAUUGAUAAAAUUUUAUAUAAUUUUCUAAACAAUAUUGUGGUAAAAUUGUUGUUCGAUGUGACGCUUAAGAGUGGAAAAUUCGUGAUUAAAAAAAGUCGUCUGAGAUGCGUCAAACAUGAAUGAAGGUGAGUCAGCAGGAGGGGGGCAUCAAGGGCCAAACCCGGCCCCUCCUGCUGUGCUAGACCGCAGAUCACCUUUACCGAAUUUAAAUUUAAUAAUUAAUAGAAAUAACAGUCAAACCAGAGCAGUAUCGCCCUUGGUGACUGGUAUUGAUACCAAUACAUUAUUACCAACGGUUGGCCGAAAAAGCUAUCAUCAAGCUUUUACACAACAACAGCAACAGCAACAACAACAGCAACAACAACCGGAACAAAGUCAACAAAUAAUUAACAAUAAUAUAACCAACGCUCAAACAGCAGGUGUAGCGAUACAACAAAAGCAAAAACAACCGGUGCAUAUGCCGCAGACGCCUUCAUUAAGGUUUUCUACAGCGGGUUUCAAUUCGCAUCAAGUUUCACAGCCGUCCGGAUCUGUAGUGACCGUAGGAAACACGAAGUCCAAAGAAAAACGAAUUGAACUUGAAUCGAUAGACGAAACCCCGCCGUCUAAUAAGCGCCUAAGACUGGAACCAAUUACUGAAAGUGUAGUUGGUAGUGCUAAUAAAAGUAACGUUCUUUUAUCAUUGCUUCCAACAAGUGAACAUAUUUUAGAAACUAAGAAAGAAGAAUCUGCAGCACUAUCAAAACAAUAUUUGUCCACAAUACCACCAAUACCAGACAACACAAACAUUAAUAAUUUAUUAAGUGAAUUUACAAAUAUUUUAGUAGAAAGUUUUACUGAAAAUGUUUUCGAGUUAUAUGCAAUGGUUACAGACGUCGUAAUAAUGGACGAGACGUUUCGUGAAAAACCAAUUCCACAGUUGAUCACCUUCCGGAAAGCUAAUAGCAUUGAAUUAUUGAUCAAAGAAGAAAAAUCCGAUUUACCAGAGCAACAGGUUACAUUUCAACAGACAUCUGAAAGUAUUGCAAGUACCAUUGGAACUGGAACAAGCAACAAUAUUCAUGUACAACCGCCGCAGUUACAACAAAUUAAACGUUCUGAAAGCCCUGCUACAACAUCAAUUAAUAAAACGAACGCAACAACUGAUACACAUAUCUCCACUACUGCACCAGCUACCAUUGGAAAUAACUCAAUUACUACAAGUGGCACUACAACACGCAUUACCGAUGAUAGUAAUAAUGCUUUACCACAAGGAGCUGAAAUCAAGAUACCAGCAGUUGGAGCAACACCAGUAGCAGUAUCAACAAAAUUACCAGCUGCUGUGGUACAACUCUCCCAACAAGGUGGCACUCCACUUGUACCAUGUACUACUGGAGUUGGAUCCUCAGCUCUUCGUCGGAGCGGCGAUACUACUUUGCGUACAACUCAAAUUGGUGUGACCCACCAUAGUAGCGCGAAUAGCUUGACUUCUGGCCUUCAAUCGCCAAAUACAAUUGCUGCUGCUGGGAGUACGCAGGAAGUUUCAUUUAAGGCAAAACAGGAAGUUUAUGUUAUGCAACGUGUGUCUGAACUGCAGAGAGAAGGUUUGUGGACAGAAAAACGCCUGCCUAAAUUACAAGAACCUUGUCGAGCUAGAGUACAUUGGGAUUAUUUAUUGGAAGAAAUGGUUUGGUUGGCAGCUGAUUUUGCGCAAGAACGUAAAUGGAAAAAAGCAGCAGCAAAGAAAUGUGCAAAAAUGGUCCAAAAGUACUUUAAUGAUAAAGCUAAUGCAGCUCAAAAAGCGGAAAAAGCAAAGGAAUUACACUUAAAACGAAUUGCUGGAUAUCUUGCUAAAGAAGUUAAAAUCUUUUGGACAAAUGUGGAGAAGAUUGUAAAAUAUAAACUAGAAAGUAAACUUGAGGAAAAAAGAAAAGAAGCCUUUGAAGACCACUUAAGUUUUAUUGUAAAUCAAUCUGAAAAAUUUUCUCAGCACAUAGCCGAAGAUAUGAAUAAAAGCAUACUUGAUUCAACUGCUGUAAGUGCAGGUCCGAGUAUUAACUCUAGCAGAAUAUCAUCACCUAAAUUAACUGAUUCAAAUAUAUCUGAUGGUGAGUUUUGUCCAGAUUCAGGUUCGGAAGAUGACGAAGAAACUAUUGCUAAAGCAGAAGAAGAGGCAAUUGAUGUACAUUCGGAAGUGGCUGCAUUAGAAAAAGAAUCUCAAAUGGAUUUAGAUGACUUUUUAAAUGAUUUACCUCCAGGUUAUCUUGAAAAUCGAAAUAAUUUAUUAAAAUAUCAAUCUUCAAGUAAUGAAGAAUCAAGCGAUGAUGAGGAAGAUAUAAUUCCAAAGCAGGGAGACGAAGAAAUGGAUAUAAGUUAUAAGGAAGAGAUUAAUGACUUAGAGGCUGAAAAUAAUUUAUCAGUAAAAGAGCUAUUAGAAAAGUAUAAAACAGUAAGCGUUAAUAAAACUAUAAGCAAAAAUGAUCCAGAUUCUGAUGAUGACGAAGACUCAGAGCAUUCAGAUUUUGAAGAACCUGAUCUUAAAACUGAUGAACAAAGAUUGUCAGAAUGCGAUGAUGCUGAACUUAAGGGUGGAUUAAAAAGUCUGUUGGAAGAUAUGUCUCCAAAGGAUUACAUGAAAGCGGCUGCAUUAGCAGAAAGUUUGCAACCACAGGGUAAUACGUAUUCUUCAACAAAUGUUGUAACAGCAGUUCCAUUUUUACUUAAACACUCGCUAAGAGAAUAUCAACACAUUGGUCUAGAUUGGUUGGUAACAAUGAAUGAACGUAAAUUAAAUGGCAUUUUGGCAGAUGAAAUGGGACUUGGUAAAACAAUUCAAACAAUCGCAUUACUAGCACAUUUGGCAUGUGUCAAAGGAAAUUGGGGACCACAUCUAAUUGUGGUCCCUUCAUCUGUCAUGUUGAAUUGGGAAAUGGAAUUUAAAAAAUGGUGUCCAGGCUUUAAAAUACUAACGUACUAUGGUGCCCAAAAGGAACGAAAGUCAAAGCGUAUUGGAUGGACGAAACCGAAUGCUUUUCAUGUUUGUAUUACUUCCUACAAGUUAGUCGUUCAAGAUCAACAAAGUUUUCGAAGAAAGAAAUGGAAGUACUUAAUAUUAGACGAAGCUCAGAAUAUUAAAAAUUAUAAUUCGCAACGUUGGCAGUUACUUCUGAAUUUCUCGACAGAAAGACGGUUACUACUUACUGGCACCCCGCUACAAAAUCAUAUGAUGGAAUUGUGGUCAUUAAUGCAUUUUUUGAUGCCGGCUGUCUUUUCUUCUCAUCGGGCAUUUAAGGAAUGGUUCUCAAAUCCUUUGACUGGAAUAAUUGAAGGAAAUGCGGAGUACAACGAAGUGUUAAUCAGUCGGUUGCAUAAGGUUAUACGUCCAUUCCUUUUACGUCGACUAAAAAAAGAAGUUGAGAAGCAAAUGCCUAAAAAAUAUGAACAUGUUGUAUCUUGCCGUUUGUCUAAUCGUCAACGUUACCUAUACGAUGAUUUUAUGAGUCGAGCAAAAACAAAAGAAACGUUACAGACGGGAAAUUUGCUUAGUGUAAUAAACGUUUUAAUGCAGUUACGUAAAGUCUGUAAUCACCCAAAUUUGUUUGAAGUGAGACCAACAAAUUCACCAUUUCAAAUGGAAGGAAUAUCCUACCAAACAGCAGGAUUAGUUAGCGGAGCCUUAGAAUACGACCCACUUACGCAAAUUAAUUUACACACUUUAAAUUUACUUAAACUUGAAUUGGAACAAACUUUGACCGCUUAUGUUUCGCACAAAUGUCGUUUACUGGCACCACCUCGCAAACUAAUCGAGGAAAUUGAUUCUGCACCCGAACCACCACCUCCUUGUCCUAAAGGCGAGUACAAAUUUUAUGUACGAAUACGUGAUAGCAAACUUCAAGAAAGUUUAACAAAGCACUUAGGUAAUGGUGUGCGGGUAGGUGCAAGUCCUGCAAUGAAGACUGAGGGUAACAAAAUAGUGCCCAUUCAUAAUACGGAUAUUAAAAAUAGUAAAGUAUUAAAGAGGAUGAACAGUGUUAACCCUAUUAAUACAAAUAUCAAUUUAAAAAGAAUUUCAUAUUUAUAUGAAAAUAAAAACCUAAGUUCUACUUCAGAAUCUCCACCGCCAGCGAAAAUUCCCAAGCUGAUCCAAACCAAAGCUAAUGUUCUUUUAUCAUCGCCGCUUGGACUUAGUGAAACUGCUACAACAAGUAGAUUAGGUACGACCUUCAAAGUAAAUAAAAGCAGUAUUAAUGAGAAUACAAGUAAUUCUGGUACAGUGCGAAAUGAAACUAUCAAACUAGUAGCUGAUCAGGUGAAGUUAAACGAAGAACGAAGUAAGGUAUCAAUAAAUGAGGAGAAGGAAAUAUCAAACGCAAAUAAUAUAGUAUCGUUAGCUCCUACAAGUCGUUCGCAGAAAUUAGCUAAAGUACGUAAAGAGUUACGUUCGGAACGUUUAAAAUUGAUGGCUUCUGUUAACAAAAGACGAACUGAUGCAUUUCCUAUAUAUGGUUCAGAUUUGCGAGAAAGUUUAGAGAAAUUAUUGAUACCCACUUCAUCAUUAACCUUUUCAUCAUGGCAGACUCGAGGGUAUAGUAAUUGUAAUGUAGCCGCAAAGAGACUAGAUAAUUGGUCAUUAAAUAAAUUGCUUAAAUCCUAUGAGACACGCUGUAAUGAAUUUAGUAGCAUAUUUGAUAAUUUCGUUGUUUAUGUUCCACCUGUUUGUGCACCACGGAUACGCUUUUAUGUUCAAAAUCCUUGCUCUCGUGUAAAACUUGAAGAUAAAAUUGAGAAUACCAUCACGAGGGAUAUGUCCAGGAAAUUAACACUUUUACAUCCCAUCAUUUCAGCAAUGAGAACACAAUUUCCUGAUCCUCGACUCAUACAAUAUGAUUGUGGCAAGCUGCAAACGUUAGAUCUUCUUUUGAAACAAUUGAAAUCGGGUCAACAUAGGGUACUUAUAUUUACACAAAUGACAAAGAUGUUAGAUGUGCUUGAAGCAUUCCUUAACUACCAUGGGCAUAUAUAUUUGCGUUUAGAUGGAUCCACACGCAUCGAUCAACGCCAAGCUCUAAUGGAGCGUUUCAAUGGAGACAAAAAGAUUUUUUGUUUCAUAUUAUCUACACGUUCUGGUGGAGUUGGUGUUAAUUUAACUGGAGCUGAUACUGUGAUAUUUUAUGAUUCGGAUUGGAAUCCAACUAUGGAUGCUCAAGCACAGGAUCGAUGUCAUCGAAUAGGACAAACACGCGAUGUUCAUAUAUAUCGAUUGAUUUCUGAAAAAACUAUAGAAGUGAAUAUUCUUAAAAAAGCAAAUCAAAAGCGUAUGCUCAGUGAUAUGGCUAUUGAAGGAGGAAACUUUACCACAACCUUUCUCAAAAGUUCUACUAUUAAGGAUCUCUUUAACUUAGACCAAAAUGAUAAGGAAAAUGAGAAUGCAUCAAAACAAGAAAAAGUAAAUGCAUCCACAAGUGGAGCAACAAUUGCUACUGAAACGCAAUUGAGCAAUGAAGUUGACACUGAAAAACAAUCGUUACGUGCAUUUGAAGAUGCUUUAGCAGCGGCUGAAGAUGAGCAGGAUGUCAAAGCCACUAAGAUAGUUAGCGCGGAAGUAGCUGCUGAUCUUGCUGAGUUUGAUGAAACUGUAUCUAUUGCUCCAGAAGCUGUUGAAGGAGCGAAAUUAUUAAUGAAAGAUCUAAGUAAAGCGGAUAUGGAAUUACAGAAUUUGGAGAAUCAGCUUUCUCCUAUUGAGCGUUAUGCUGUGCGUUUUGUUGAACAAAUUGGUGAUGUGUGGAGUGCCGAGCAAUUACGUGCUGCUGAAGAGCAGAUAGAAGCCAAAAAGCGUGAGUGGGAAGCAAAUAGUCUGGCCGCUUUGCAGAAAGAGGAAGAAAUGUUAAAACAAGAAACGGAAAAUGAUGAAUUGCUCACCUAUAAUCGCAAGGAUUCAUCUACUGAUCAGAUCUGGAUGUCAAGAAACAGCAUGGAACAAAUGCCGAUGUGGUGCCCUCCGACUCCGCCCCAGGACGAAAAUGAUAUUUAUAUUGAUUAUUCAUUAUCAUUCAUGUAUGAAAUGGAUACUAUUCCAGAUAUAGAUCUACCACCAAUUUAUGUCAAACGGGAAUACAAACGUUCUCGGGCAGAAGCUGGAUUACAUGCAGAUGGUCGUCGUUCCACAAAAAUACGUAAAGAGGAUAACUAUUAUGCACCUCGUUCUCUCUUUGAUAAACCUUCUACAGCAAUAGCUCGCAUUCGACGAGAUCUUAAAAGUCAGCGUCAUAGAGGAGUUUUUAAACCCAAUGUUCAAGUGGCCGGGCUUAAACCUCAAAUUACUCCUAAACCGGCAUCUGAACCUGAUUGUAUAGGGGAAUGGAGUAUUUUAGAAGACUUAACCAUUUUAAAUGUUUUAGUAAAUAUACAAGGCUUACCCUGCAAUUUAAUGGUAUUGUCACCUGGUCAUACACCCAAUUGGGAUUUAGUUGCAGAGAUUGUUAAUAGUUGCACUAGGACACACCGUUCCGCUAAGCAAUGCCGUUGGCGUUACGAGACAGUCAUACAGCCACGUGAGGAAGGAAAAGCUAGCGACAGUCCAAAGAAACAGAAAAAAAUGAAAAAUGCUAUUAAAGUAGAUUAUCUCAAAGGUCCACUUCGUUACUUAAGAACUACACAAUUAUUUAUAAAUGACAACAAUAUGUCAUUUACUAAAAUGAUGCGUUCACGAUUUGAUUGCAUUAAGGCUGCAUAUCUGAAAAAAGCUCCACCUCCAAAACGUCAUUUUUCAAACCCAACUACAAUGAAUCCAAAACAUUUAGAAGUUUUGCAAGAACUUGGCGUUACUAGCUACGAUCAGCCAAUAAGUCCUUUAAAUAUCGCAGCAAUGAAAGUAAAUAAAUAUCGUGAAAAGCAACGUAGUCAUUUACCGCCUCCACCUCCACCUACAGCCGCUGGCCAAAGUACGCAUCAGCAGCAAGUUACUGUACCUACUCAAACAGCGCAAACAGCGCAUACGCAGCAACAGCAACAAAUAGCAUCAGUGCAGCAUCAAUUAGUACAAGCCAACCAGCAGCAACAAAUACAGGAACUUGUGCAACAGCAAAAUGCUGUUACACCUUCAGCGCCUGCGCAGUUGCACACACAGCAGCUUCAAAUUCAACACAUAUCCAAUACUGGCAUUGCAGGUGGCCAACAGCAAUCCACAGCAACUGCAAUUGUGCUACAACAUGCAGGGAACUUAUCACAACAAUUACAACAACAAACGUCAAUUACUAGCAAUACUGUGCAGAAUCAAACACAAGUUCUACGUGGCCAUUCUGGAGCUGCGCAAAUAGUAAAGGCAAUUGUAGCUCAACCAUCAGGAUUAAUUGCUACCAGUCAAAUGUUGGCACAACAAAAUACAACAACAGGAACUCAACAUGUACAAUUACAAUCUGCAAGCGGUGGUAAUUUGGUUGGAGCUCCAGCUUCAGUAUCUGUAGUGCUCACAACUCCAGUGCAGACAAUAUCUUCAAAUGUGCAACAAUCACAUCACACCCAACAAUCAUCCAUUGUUUCCAAUUCAACGCAAGUUGGAAGCAUUGUACAAACUUUGCCGCAAUCGAUACAACAAGUGGUUCCCGUAUCUCAACUAGCAAAUGUAGGUACCGUUUUAACUACUUCCUCCAAUUUGCAACCGAAUGCUGGUACUGUUACUACACUUAAUGCUUCCACAUUGCGAGCACAACGCAUAGUAGCUGCUACGUCUGGUACUUUGCAGGAUGUUGUUUUGCAACAGCGUUCAGGUAAUCCAAGUCCCACAAUAGUUUCGAUGCCAAAUUUAGGACAGAAUGUUACGCCUGCACAAUUCCAAGCAGCUCAAUUGCGUUUAGCAGCUUCUAUGUCGAGUGGUUCGCAACAAGUGGUUGCCAAAAGUAUACCAGUGAGUUCCUUACAACAAACUGCUAAACUUACACCAACAUCUAGUAGUGGUAACCAGCAAGCACAUAUACAGCUCUAUCGUCAAAGACAAGGAGUUAAAGUACUACAAUCUAGUUCUUCACAAGGCACUCAAUCAGUCCAAACUGCUGGUGGCCAAACUGCUUUACUCAAUGCUGCAGGCACUAUUAUACAAGGUAAUAUUAUGCAGGCUUCUGCUGUGACAACAGCAGUGCAGGUUCAAGGACAAAAGGUAGCUGUGGCAUCGGUACCAUCAUCCAGUGUUGUCACUACUCCUAGCGGAGGUACCUCUUCCGUGGCAACCGUGCAUGUUGCACAAAAUACGGGUCGAGCGCAAUUUAUAAAACAUGUUGGUACUGGUAAGCAAGGUGUUAGACAGGUGGGAGAAACCGAUAUGUUGUUAGUAAAACGACAGGUGAUUGGAAGCCAUUCUAAAACGCAGGUUCUGCAACAAGGGCAAAUAUUUGCAUCAGGUUCUACUGUGAGUGGAGUACAGAUACAGCAGAACACCCAAGCCACUUCAACUGGUAAUGUACAAUCACAGUCACAAGGGCAAACACAACAGACUCAGGUUCAACAAAUAACACCACAACAAAUUGCAACUCUAGUUAAAACAUCUAGCGGUGCUUCUGCUUCUGGUUUAAGCGGAGUUAGUGUUGCCACUGGUGGGCAACCACAAACGGUGAAUAUGGCACUAUCACAACUUAAACCAGGCGGACAAAUAAAAGUUACAAUGGCCAAUCAAUCUCAAAUGCGUCAACUGCAUAUGCAGCAGCAGCUGGGUAUUUCAAGGAAAAUAAAUCGUAUGACGCAAAUCGCUCCUGGAACUCAGAUUAAUGCAGCGGCAGUUGCAUCGAAUCAGCAAGGUAAUAGUGGUAAUGCGCAGUUAAAUACUGGAGCAUCAAUAACAACACAAAAAAGUGCAGGAAGUGUGCAAGCUCAACUUUUACAUAUACAAAAUUCCAAAGCGCUACCCAGUUCUGUUACAGUUCAACAAAUUCAACAGGUAAUGCGGCAAGGGCAACAAGGCAGUUUAACUACUACUGGCCUAGUAUUAGGCAAGACAAGUGUUGGACGUGUUAUACCAGUAUCGGUAGCAUCGCAGCCCAACCAACGACAAAUACAGGUUGUUUCUGCAACAUCUGCUCAAGCUAUUGCAGCUAACAAUAUUCGCGCCCAAGUCGCUAGUGGUCAAAUUAAAGUAGCACCUGGAAGCAGUCAAUCACAAACACAACAAGCGCUGAUUAAUGCCAUACAACAGCAAGCUGCUGCUCAGCAAAGUCAACGACAUGCAAGUCCGGUACGUAUACAGACUACGGCUAGUGGAAAUUUAGUUGCUGUUGUUCAACAACAAGCUUUGCAACAACAACAAAACAUUGUUGCAUCUAAUAUGUCUGCAAACGUUGGUGCAAGUAAUUCGGGACAAGAGGUUAUGACAAUAAAUCAGGGCACAGCUAGCAACGUUAGUAGUACCCAACAACAAACAACUGUGCAACAACCAACUACACAACAAGUCCGAACGCUGGUGAAGAAAAAAAUCAUGCAAAUACGUAGUGAAAAGGAUUAAAUCUACAAUUACUUCAUUUAAAUUUAUUUGGUUGGUUUUACAGCCAAAACUAAAAGAAAUAAAUUAUUUA